AUGGUAGGAAUCGAUGCAAAAAAUAAACAUAUUCUUGAUAGAAAGUAUAUUUGUCCCAUAUGUACAUUGAUACUACGAGAUCCUGUACAAUUAAGUAAAUGUGGUCAUCGACAGUGUCAAUCGUGUUUCGAAGCUCAACAUGAAAUAACAAUUAAAUGUCGACAAUGCCAAUCUGAAACAUCACGAACCGAAAUACUUCUUGAUCGAGGUUUUAAAAAUGAUAUGAAAUUAAUACAUAUUGAUUGUUCUUUUUGUGAAUGGACUGGUAUCUUAAAUAAUUAUCAAAAACAUCUUGAUGAACAUCAUUCAAACUUGAAAUGCAAAUAUUGUGGCAAAGAAUUCAACUCAGUUAACAAAUGCAAUGAACAUAAAAUCUCUGAAUGUGAGAAACUGAUUGUCGAUUGUAUAUUGAAAGAUUUUGGUUGUAAUGAACAAGUAUGA